AUGUCAGGUGGAUUCUCCUCAUCAGGUUCAUUAGGAAAUCAAGCUGAUGUAGAUGUAACUGCUGAAACUGGUAGUCGUGAUAGAAGCAAGGUCUUUCUAGCUCCGGGUGGUGUUGUUGGAGAUGGAUUUUCAUCAUCUGGCUCGUCGGAUAAUCAAGCCCACAUUAGUGUAACAACUGACAGCGAUUCAUCUACAAACGAUAAGGGAAGCACAACGGCAGUAUUACUUAGCAAUGUCUUGCCUUCAGAAGAAUCAAUUGUUCAAGCUUCCGCCGAACUGAAACGCGAUUUAACCGGAUCUACCGUGCAUCCAUAA